GAGGAGGCGAGCGGAGGAGGGGAGGAGGACCGCAGCGUGCAAGCCGGGAGCCACUUUACCGCCCCUCCUCUCGCCGCUGACACACUCGGAGGAGUCACCACUCUGCGGGCUGCAGGAGAGAGUGGCAGACGGAGGCGGCUCAGGGAAGCGAGCGGAGCGGCGCCCGCACAGCGGCGGCUGCGGUGCUGACACCACUCGGGACAGGGGGUCCCAGACGACUAGAGCGUUCUAUUUUAAACCAAAGUGGAUAAUGCUGUCUGGGCUGAACCACUGAACAGAGCCUGUGAAAAAUUCCCAUCUUCUCGUCAGCCAUCAGUUGAGAUAAGAUGGAAGACUCCUAUAAGGAUAGGACUUCACUGAUGAAGGGUGCCAAGGACAUUGCCAGAGAGGUGAAGAAACAGACAGUAAAGAAGGUAAAUCAAGCUGUGGACCGGGCCCAGGAUGAAUAUACCCAGAGGUCCUACAGCCGGUUCCAAGAUGAAGAAGAGGAUGAUGACUAUUACCCACCUGGAGAAACCUAUGAUGGGGAAGCCAAUGAUGAUGAGGGCUCAAGUGAAGCCACUGAGGGUCAUGACGAAGAUGAUGAAAUCUACGAAGGGGAGUAUCAGGGCAUCCCCAGUAUGAACCAAGGGAAGGACAGCAUCGUGUCAGUGGGGCAGCCCAAGGGCGAUGAGUAUAAGGACCGGCGGGACCUGGAAUCGGAGAGGAGAGCUGACGAGGAAGAGCUUGCCCAGCAGUACGAGCUGAUAAUCCAAGAGUGCGGUCAUGGUCGCUUUCAAUGGGCCCUUUUCUUUGUCCUGGGUAUGGCUCUCAUGGCAGAUGGCGUGGAGGUCUUUGUGGUUGGCUUCGUGCUACCCAGUGCUGAGACAGACCUGUGCAUCCCAAAUUCAGGGUCCGGAUGGCUCGGCAGCAUAGUGUACCUCGGGAUGAUGGUGGGGGCGUUCUUCUGGGGAGGCCUGGCAGACAAAGUGGGAAGGAAACAGUCUCUUCUGAUCUGCAUGUCUGUCAACGGAUUCUUUGCCUUCCUUUCUUCAUUUGUCCAAGGUUAUGGCUUCUUUCUCUUCUGUCGCUUACUUUCUGGAUUCGGGAUCGGAGGAGCCAUUCCUACUGUGUUCUCCUACUUUGCUGAAGUGUUGGCCCGGGAGAAGAGGGGUGAGCACCUGAGCUGGCUCUGCAUGUUCUGGAUGAUCGGCGGCAUCUACGCCUCUGCCAUGGCCUGGGCCAUCAUCCCACACUACGGGUGGAGCUUCAGCAUGGGGUCAGCCUACCAGUUUCACAGCUGGCGUGUGUUUGUCAUCGUCUGCGCGCUCCCCUGUGUCUCCUCUGUGGUGGCCCUCACUUUCAUGCCUGAAAGCCCGCGAUUCUUGUUGGAGGUUGGAAAGCAUGAUGAAGCUUGGAUGAUUCUGAAGCUGAUUCAUGACACCAACAUGAGAGCACGGGGUCAGCCUGAGAAGGUCUUCACGGUAAACAAAAUCAAAACCCCUAAACAAAUAGACGAGCUGAUUGAAAUUGAGAGUGACACAGGAACGUGGUACAGGAGGUGUUUUGUUCGGAUCCGCACAGAGCUGUACGGAAUUUGGUUGACUUUUAUGAGAUGUUUCAACUACCCAGUCAGGGAAAAUACAAUAAAGCUUACAAUUGUUUGGUUCACCCUGUCAUUUGGGUACUAUGGAUUAUCUGUUUGGUUCCCUGACGUCAUUAAACAUCUGCAGUCCGAUGAAUAUGCGUCACUAACUAGAAAUGUGCAGAGAGAUAAAUAUGCAAAUUUCAGUAUUAACUUCACAAUGGAAAAUCAGAUCCAUACUGGAAUGGAAUACGACAAUGGCAGAUUUCUAGGGGUCAAGUUCAAAUCUGUAACUUUCAAAGACUCAGUUUUUAAGUCCUGCACCUUUGAGGAUGUGACUUCACUCAACACCUACUUCAAGAACUGCACAUUUAUUGAUACCCUUUUUGACAACACAGAUUUUGAACCAUAUAAAUUCAUUGACAGUGAAUUUAAAAACUGCUCAUUUUUUCACAAUAAGACGGGAUGUCAGAUUACCUUUGAUGAUGACUAUAGUGCCUACUGGAUUUAUUUUGUCAACUUCCUGGGGACAUUGGCAGUGUUGCCGGGGAACAUCGUGUCUGCUCUUCUGAUGGACAGAAUCGGGCGCUUAACAAUGCUAGGUGGCUCUAUGGUGCUUUCGGGGAUCAGCUGUUUCUUCCUUUGGUUCGGCACCAGCGAAUCCAUGAUGAUAGGCAUGCUGUGUCUGUACAACGGGCUGACCAUCUCGGCCUGGAACUCUCUUGAUGUGGUCACUGUGGAGCUGUACCCCACAGACCGGAGGGCAACAGGCUUCGGCUUCCUGAACGCACUGUGCAAAGCAGCAGCCGUCCUGGGAAACUUAAUAUUUGGCUCUCUGGUCGGCAUCACCAAAGCCAUCCCCAUCCUGCUGGCUUCUACUGUGCUCGUGUGUGGAGGACUCGUGGGGCUGCGCCUGCCUGACACACGAACCCAGGUUCUGAUGUAAUGGGAAAAAAGCCAUCCUUCCUUCCUUCCGGCGGUGGGUCAGUUCUGACCGACCCAAGGCUCCAGAGUUUUCCUAGAUAGAAAGAUGAUCAAGUAUCAGAACACAAACUCUUGCUGUGACCUAACAUUUAGAUGCAUAUCAUCAUGACCCUUAAAUGUGAUAUUACACAGGUUUUAUUUUCCUGCAUUGUUACCUUUCCUGGCUGUGAUACUACUGUCCUCCACCCGCCCCUCCCCCCCAAGUCAGUGCAAGCUUUUCUAAAAUGUCCUCAUCAGCCAGGCUUCCCUGGGGUUCUGCUCAUCGAAGGUUUAGAAGCUAAGAAGACUGGGCUGGUGUAAGAAAGAGAUCCUGUUCCUAAUUCAAUGUUAACAGGAAAUAUAAGUUGGCAUAUUAUUGCAUUUGUGCUGAGGAGAAGGAUUUUUUUUUUUUCAAACAGAGUGAUAAUUUCCUGUUUACUUAGAAAAGGACACCCAGCAAUUCUCAAUGUUACAGCAAAGAAAACUGUGUAGUAUCAAAACAGGGCUGGGUGGGGCUUUGGGGGGCAAGACAAUUAACGUGACUCUGCUGACAAGAAAAAUAAAGGCUCUGGGAUUAGCAAAACUCUGAGUGAGCUGAAGAAGCAAAAGUUCUGUCAGAAAACCCCGUUAAACUUCUGAAGAUACUAGGGGAAAAGGCUGGAUCAGUGUCUGUGAUUGUGGCACGUGGUUCAGACUGUUUGAAAAUCAGCGAUCAGACAGAGAGCUUCUGCCCCCAUAUACCACACCCACUGCAGCUGCCAGAUAGCAGAUCGAGGGAAAGAAAGUCACUCUUAAAAACUGUGUCUGCCUACCUGACUCUCCAUUCAUCUAAACAGUCUAGAAAAUUGCCAGUGGAUAUCUAAGUUGUUCUAAACUGCUAAUUAGGAAGAAAUUCACACCUGUAAUAAGCCAUUUGGAAAUGCAAAAUGGUACCUCUUUCUGGUACCUCUUUCCUGUGGGACCUUGUCACCCUGACCCCAGCCCUGUCCGCCCCACACCUACAGUUGACAUGCAGCUUGCCAACUGGCAUCACCAAAACAGGCCUUGUCCCUCCUGCUUCCUCAGGUACACUGGUCAGUGCGUCCCUCUGGCUCUGUCUCUGUGGGACAUCACAGCCUGCCUGCACUCCUGAGGGGCCUCUGGCAGGCAAGGGCAGUGUUCCCUGAUGGCUGCCUGGCUGCAGUUUUAUCUCUGGAAUCUGCUUGAUCUUGGAAGAAAGGUCAGCAGGAUGUUCCCAUGGGCCAGCUGUCAGCUACACAAACUUCUAGCCUCUUGCACUCCUCCUCCCCCAAGCUUGUCCUUUUUUACACAUCUUCUUUGAAAUCAGAAGCCUCCUUGUAGACUUAGAGCUGAUGACCAGCAGCCAGGAAUAAAUCCCAUACUAAAACAAUAUUCCUUUUUUAACUCUCGCUGUCUUAUUAGAGGGUUAUCCUUGUGACUUACUCUAGGCAUCUCUAGCACAGCCACAGCCCUGAGGCCUCCAGGAAGGGAAAGCUUUUGUGUCCACUACUCAUUACAUUCAGAGAUAGUCCCCACAGGACCCCUUCCCUUCCUAAUGACCCUUCCUAGAGCUCAGACUAAGUGAAAAACCUGUUUCAUUAACAUAAGCCAUUAAGGGACUCCUCCUCAAAGUAAUCCAGCCUGGUGUUGAGGGGUAUCAGGAAGAGGGUGGUCCUCUGGGGUGUGUGCCCAGGGCCAGAACAUCAGGAAAACUCAAACCCAAAACUGCAAAGGUGGCAGGAAGAAAGAAAAUCAACACAGGUUAGAUGAGAUAUAUCUGAAAGAUACCAACCAAGUGGGAAAAGAAACAGAGACUCCUCUCACUGCUGCCUCCUGCCAUAUUACUGGAGAACAAAGACGGCAAACAACCCGAGAAAGUAGCCUGUGAUGUUUCCAGAUGUGCUCUUUCCCCCGCCUAUCUGUACUUUGAUUUGUCUUCUGAAAAAAGGACAUUUGGGGACCUGAACAGGUCUUUUGGUUGAAUGUAGCAUGUGCAGAAAUAACUGUAAAAGUACAAUGUGUCUUUCCAUCAACCCAUUCAGAAGAAAAAUAGAAAUGUGCAUGAAUUCACUGUC